UUGGCGGCAGCGAUGGGAUUCUCCGGGAUCGGCGGUGCCAAUCACGGGUGAGGAGCAAGCUCCGCUUGAACAUCCCUUUCGAUGCGGCUCUGGCAGCUCUGCGAUCCGAUGACCACGAGAACCAGCAGCCUUCCAACGAAGGGGAUGUACAGACAAGCGUAGCGGAUGGGAAGCCGCAGAUGUCUGGCGAUUUCAUGGAGAACUGGAGCACCCAGACUUCUCCGAGCAGCCCGCAGCGAAAGGCGCCCCGGAAACUGGAGGAUUUCCCUCCUCGCAAGAGGAAGCCAAAGGCCGUCCAGGUCGUGCCGUUGAUGCCACAGCCGGUAGUGGCACCAAAGUCGCAGCCCACCAUCUCCUCGGAAGUGGCGCAAGCUUUGCGGUUCCUUCUGGGGAAGGAGGACGAG